AUGCGCCGCCGCCGCCCGGCCGUCUGCGCGUGCCUGACGCUCGCCAUGUGGGCGGCGUCCGCCCUCAGCCUAUCAGUGUUCUCGCGGACGCCGGACGCUCACAUGCUGCUGCGCUCGCGCCGCGCCAACUCCUUCCUGGAGGAGCUCAAGCAGCCGUCCAUGGAGCGAGAGUGCGUGGAGGAGACGUGCGAGUUCGAGGAGGCGCGCGAGAUCUUCAAGGUCCGAGAGGCCACGCUGGAGUUCUGGACGGUGUACAGAGACGGGAACCAGUGUGAAUCCAAUCAGUGUGUCCACGGGAGGUGCGUGGACAUGCUGCAGGCUUACGUGUGCAGCUGUAACCACGGAUACGAGGGGAAGUACUGCGACCACGCUCGAUCGGCGACCAACUGCAGCGUGAACAACGGCGACUGCGAGCACGAAUGCACGGAGAGCGCGGACGGCCCGAGGCGGACGUGCGGCUGCGUCGCCGGCUACAAACUGCACGACGACGCCAAGAAGUGCGUCCCCAAAGGGCCGGCGUCUUGCGGGCAGCUGCUGAUCGGUCGCUCGUCCUACACCGGGCCCGUGGACGGCCUCAUGCCCUGGAUGGUGGGCGGGGAGGUGGGCAAGAAGGGCGAGAGUCCCUGGCAGGUCCUGCUGCAGAACGCCAAAGGCCGCUUCCACUGCGGCGGCGUUCUGAUCGACAGGAGCUGGGUGCUGACGGCCGCCCACUGCCUGGAAAACAACCUGCGCUUCCGAGUCCGACUGGGCGACUACGAGCGUUUCCGCGACGAGGGCACCGAGGUGAUGCUGAAAGUCAGCAGGGCCUUCCCCCACCCCGACUACGACAGCGCCACGGUGGACAACGACAUCGCCCUCCUGCGCCUGGAGAGCCCGGCGCCCCUCUCCGAGUACAUCCUGCCGGCGUGCCUGCCGGGCCGCGGCCUGGCCGAGCGGGUCCUCCACCGCAACGGGACCCAGACGGUGGUGACGGGCUGGGGCAAGGAAAGCAUGGAAAGUCAGCGCUUCAGCUCGGCGCUCAACGCGAUCCGGGUGCCGCUGGUCAGCCGGGACGUGUGCGCCGCCCGCAUGUCGCACAACAUCUCGCGCAACGUGCUGUGCGGCGGCGUCCUGGGCCAGAGCGCGGACGCCUGCGAGGGCGACAGCGGCGGCCCCAUGGUGACGCGGCACGCCGGCGCCUGGUUCCUGGUGGGCCUGGUGUCGUGGGGCGAGGGCUGCGGGCGCCUCGACAAGCUGGGCAUCUACACCAAAGUGUCCAACUACAACGAGUGGAUCGACGCCGUGCGCCAGGACUGGGACAAGAGCGCGCACCCGCCCGAACCCUGA